AGGUAAACCACCUGUUUCCAGGAGAUGCUGAUUGCAACACGAGAGCUUUGAAUCUGCCAGAGGAUUUGGAAGCAGAGAUUUGGAGAAUCGGUUGUCUCUGGAGCUUGGAAGAUGUACCUGGGGGAUAAAAGGUUCCUGUGCCAGAUUCCACACCUGCUGGCCCUGGGGACUCUCAUGUUGCUGGCCACCGUCAUGCUGAAGUACAGCCAUUGGCAGUGUGACCCCAGCUAUCUGGAGAGAGGCACCAUGGACCCCCAAGGUCAGUUCUGCAAGGACCAGCUCUACCAGUCAGUGAGGCUCUCCCCCGUGGAGAACAUCAGUUGCUCUGGGAUCAGCAGAGGGGACAUAAAGGCGAUGCAGGACGCUCUGGUGAGCAAGUUGCAAUGGAAGAGCAAGCGGUUGGCCUUGGAUGAGAUGUUCUACUUGAACCUAACCAAGGAUUGCCGGACCUUCAAAGAAAGGAGAAGAUUCGUUGGGUUCCACCUGAGCGAAGAGGAAGAAAACUUCCCUAUUGCUUAUUCCAUGGUGAUCCAUGAGAAGAUCGAGAUGUUCGAAAGGUUACUGAGGUCCAUCUUUGCUCCUCAGAAUGUAUACUGUGUCCACGUGGACAGCAAAUCUCCCGAACUUUUCCAAAAAGCUGUUCGGGGCAUUGCCUCCUGCUUCGACAAUGUUUUUCUGGCUUCUAAGCAGGAGAGCGUGGUAUAUGCCUCUUGGACGAGGGUCCAAGCCGACCUGAACUGCAUGAAGGACCUACUUCAAAGCAAGGUGCGCUGGAAGUACCUCCUGAACACCUGUGGGACCGAUUUCCCAAUCAAGACGAACAGAGAGAUCGUCCAAGCCCUAAAACUACUGAACGGGAAAAACAACAUGGAAUCCGAGAAACCUUCGUCCCACAAAAGGAACCGCUGGAAAUACCACCACGAAGUGACCAACUACAUCGUUCAGACCCAGGAGACCAAGAGCCCCCCUCCCCAAAGGUCCCCCAUGUUCACUGGCAACGCCUACAUCGUGGUCACCAGGGAGUUUGUCCAGCAUCUCUUCAAGGACCCGACCGCAAGGCGCUUGAUCGAGUGGUGCAAAGACACCUACAGCCCCGAUGAACAUCUCUGGGCUACCUUGUAUCGCAUGCCGGAGGUGCCCGGCUCGGUCCCUUUUAAUGACAAGUUUGAUCUCACAGACAUGAAUGCCAUUGCCCGGGCGGUGAAGUGGGCCUACAGCGAAGGGGACGUCAGCAAGGGAGCCCCUUACUCACAGUGUACUGGAGUCUACCGGCGGGCGGUCUGUGUCUAUGGAUUUGGAGACCUCCACUGGCUGCUCUCCCAGCACCACCUGUUCGCCAACAAGUUCGACCCCAGCGUGGAUGAGUACGUCAUCCUGUGCCUGGAAGAGUACCUGCGCCACAAGGCCAUCUACCAAGAGCCCCUUUGAGCAUGGCCCACCUCCUCCCUCAGGGAGGGCAGACUAGGGUCAUCCCUCCAACGGCAGGGCUGACAAAUUGUGGGUCAAUCCGAUGGACCGGACUUCGCACCCUAGGACUUUCAGCAUUCUGAAGGGCUUUGUGGUCCUAGAUCUGACAUUCAGGGACAUUGCAAACCCCAAGGUAGGGAGAUUAUUUUUCCCUCCGGGGCUGAGGGUGAAAGCUAGACUUGCGCAACCCCACGGGUUCGGUUUCAGCAAAACUGGUAGCGUCGGUUAGAUUCAUGAGUCAUUCUCCUGCCCUGCAGUUGUGUUUCCUAGCGGGGAAAAUGUGUGGUCUGGUGAACACACGUCUUUGGACUCUGCUCUUCUGUAUUUAUAAGGUAGGGUGGAAAGGAGAAAGUGGCAUUUGGUCAUUUGUUUGCGUUGGUCCGUUUUCCGUACGUGGGAAACAGCUGUGAUAAUUGUGCUGUGCUGAUCGGGUAAGAGGGACUGUUUGGGAAGGUGUUCCUCAUCCAGUUCCCCUCUCUCCCUCCCCCUCCU